AUGCUUAUAAAAGAAUUCAUAACGUUAGAGCUCGAGCCGUUUGGCAUUGAUGUCAUCGAUGUGGUCCCAGGAGGAGUACGAUCAAACUUAGCGAACUCAGCUGUAGCAGUUUUCAACAAAACGACUGAGCUGAAACUAUACAAGCCUUACGAAGAAGCUAUCAUAGAGAGGGCCUUCUUCUUUCAGAAACAUAAGCCAAAGACACUGUCGCUGCGGCAGAUACUCAACCUUCAUGGCUAUAAUGUACCAUAUGCCCAUCUGGUUCAAGGAUUCUCUCCAGAAGAGGGCUUUAAUGAAAAAGGGAUGAUCAGGGAAAACGUGAACGUUUCUACAACCACAGGAACAAUAUUUCCGCUUUGA